UGUCCUGAAUAUCGUGGUGGUGGUGGUGAAGGUUGGUGUUGGGGUAGCAAGUCGACGGUUCCUACACCACAAGUUUAUUGUGAAAAUGGCUAAGAAGACUUAUGACUUGUUAUUCAAGCUUCUCCUUAUAGGCGACUCGGGCGUUGGAAAGACAUGCAUAUUAUUCAGAUUUUCAGAUGAUGCCUUCAACACCACGUUUAUAUCCACCAUAGGUAUUGACUUCAAAAUAAAAACCAUUGAGUUGAGAGGAAAGAAGAUAAAGUUGCAGAUAUGGGAUACUGCUGGUCAAGAAAGAUUCCAUACAAUUACGACUUCCUAUUACAGAGGAGCCAUGGGUAUAAUGUUGGUUUACGACAUUACAAAUGCAAAGUCAUUUGAUAAUAUAGCAAAAUGGUUAAGAAAUAUAGAUGAGCAUGCAAAUGAGGAUGUUGAGAAGAUGAUUUUGGGUAACAAGUGUGACAUGGAGGACAAGCGUGUCAUCCCCAAAGAAAAAGGAGAAGCGAUUGCACGGGAGCAUGGUAUUCGAUUCCUUGAAACGUCGGCAAAAGCGAACAUCAACAUUGAACAGGCCUUUUUGGAACUUGCUGAAGCUAUCCUCAACAAGACUCCAGGACGUGACCCACAGGUAUUUUUUGUUUAUUAGUUUAGGUUUUUAAAG